GAUCCAUGUGGCGUAUAUCAGUGACAGACGCCUCCAACUGCAAUUACCAACACAGCACUGCAGUCUUGCCAGACCUCACCUACCAACCACGAGUGCAUCUUUUCCCUGUCGGAGUAGGGCACAGCAACAGUAGUGUGUCUAGAUGGUGAAAGGCUGCAAAAUCCACUAAGAUCGCUCAGCGUGGAAAAGGAGAAAGCAGCGGUAGGCGGACGACCUCCCCACCGCUUCCAAGAUGGCGCCAUGACAACACCGGGUGAAAGUGUGAAAGUACAGGUGCGCGCAACCUCUCCUGGGUAUAAAAUUCCAGCGCCGCCCACAUCCUCAGUUCUUUCCUUCAACCUCACCUCAAACAACCCCAACUCAAAGGUUCAAUCAAUCUUUCGCAACUCCUCUGAGCAAACCUUUUCCUGUCUACCCUUCAUCUCAGUCAAGAUGUUCUCCUUUUUCUCUCCCCGCAAUCUCAACGUGGGAGUGGUCGUCUUCUCCAUGAUGGCUAUAUUCUCUCUUCUCGUCGGCAAUGGUGUUUCUGCGCAAGCUACAGGCAAGGCGUCCAUCAUCCUUGUCCCAGGAGCCUUCCAUCAGGAGAUUGUCUACGACCAGGUCGUCGAGCUCCUGCACCAACAACAAUACCCGCACGUCUUUGCGGUCGACCUUCCCUCCGUUGGUAGCAUGGCCGGCCGUAACGAAGACGUCACCGCCGUCCGCAACAUCCUCUCUCGUGAGCUGAACCAGAGUCGAAACGUCGUCCUCGUCGGCAACAGCUACGGAGGCACAGUCAUCGGCGAAGCCGUCAAGGGUUUCCCCAGCAACAACACAGCAUCCACAGCCAGUGGCAAUUCUGGUCAAGGCAAGGUUCUGGGCCUCGUCUUCUUUGCGGGCAUCUCACCCUCGUUCUUCCGUUUCACCGACGACGGCAAGGUCUACGCGGAUGGCGAUUCAGCUCUCCCACCGUCCGUCACCUUCUACAACGACCUCACUGCGGCUCAGCAGGCGUACUGGACCAGCCAAUUGCAGUACUCCAGCUUCGACUCCCUCAACGCGACCGCUACGUACAUUCCGUACACGGGGGAUUUCAGGUGCCAUUACAUCAUUGGGCAGCGGGAUGUUUCCGUGCCGGAGGCAUUGGCCUACAGCUACAUUAACCAGACUGGAGCGCAGUUCGAGGUGCAGUGGAUUGAUGCUGGGCAUAUUCCCAUGAUCGGUAAGCCGAAUGAAGUGACCAACAUCAUUCGCAAGGCGGCCGGGGAGGUGUUUUAAGGAGGAUUAAUUACAGGAUAGUGUGUCUGAACGAGAAUGUCAUCGAAUGGAAGGCUCCGCCGUGUCAAACCUUGUGUGCUGAGUAUAGGCCGUGAUAUCCAAUGCAAGCUAUACAUACUGAUAUGUGCUUGCCAUUAGCUUGCUCCAUUGAGCGC